AUGUGGAGUCAAAAGCCGAGCUUCAGGUUUGAGAUAGAUAACUACUCGAAGACGGAAGGUACCAUAAAAUCUAAGACAUUCGUGGCUGGUGGAUGCGAAUGGUAUCUUAGCGUUUAUCCCAAGGGAGGUCUUCUUGAUGAUUAUGAUCACUUUUCUCUGUACUUGCACGUUGCAAAUCCUACCAUGCUGCGACCUGGGUGGAAAAGGAAAGUUGGUUUUUACUUCACUUUGUUGAAUCAAUCCGAGAAAGAGCUCUCCAGAUCUAACCUUGUAUCAUGCAAAGUACUUGAUGCUAAGACUCCAUCCUGGGGGUUUCAAAAGCUAUGUCCUCUUAGCAAGCUUCAACAGAACGGUGUUUUGGAGAAUGACAGACUAAUCAUUGAGGUCUACAUUAAUUUGAUUCAAGCUGUUGUCGCAGUAAGCGAAAAUGUAUCAGAGAAAGAGGAGACUGUGGAUAUCAACGGUUUUAAGGUUCUUGCUUCUCAGGUUACUCUAGUGAGGAAGAUAUUCGCAGAGCAUCCAGACAUUGAUUUAGGUUUUAAAUCAAAUAACCAAGUUCUGAAGACAGCAUACAUGAAUGUCCUCCUUGGUCUUAUCAAUACAUUAAACAAGCCUUCACAGAAUCUCUCAGAGACUGAGUUAACUAAAGCUGAGAGCGAGUUGAGAGACUUGGAAGAAAUGGGAUUCAAGCUUGACUGGCUGAAGUCAAAGCUUGAGGAGGUUAUCUUGGAGAGGAAGAAAGCAGAUCAUAAAGUAGAUGAUGCUGAUGGGUCUAGGGUUCAACAACUGGAGGAGAACGUCAAGCGUCUUGAGGUGAUUGUGUCGGAUCUCAAAGUGAAACUUGACGAGGGGAAGGACAAGUCCUCUUCUGAUGGAUUUCUGAUGAAAAAUAUUUUCGUACAUCAUCCGGACGUUGCAGUAGAUAUCAGAUCAGGUAUUAAAGAGGUGAAGACGGCAUACAUAAACAUUCUCCUCGGCCUCAUCAAGACACUAGACAAGUCUCCUCAGAGCUUGUCUGACACUGAGCUAACAAACGCUGAAAGCGAGUUGAACGAGUUAACGGAAGCUGGCUUUAAGCUGGAUUGGUUGAAACCAAAGCUUAGGAACAACGUGGUGAUAAUUUUUUUUUUUUUUUUAUCAAAUAACGUGGUGAUAAAUAUAAACACAAAAUAUAAGUGGAACCAUAUAUAUAUGAGAGUAAUAAACCCUAAACUAAGAGAGAGCUUCUGGGAAGUCAUGGCUAACCACAAUGAGAAGAUGACUUACUCUUUCGAGAUAAACAACUACUCCCAAAGGAAUACUGUAUUUACGACACCUAUAUUCUCAACCCGUUCCUGCAACUGGCAUGUUUACGUAUAUCCCAAGGGAGAUAUACAUACUAACAAAAUGUCUCUGCACCUACAAGUUCCAGACUAUAACUUACGGCCUUUGUAUUGGUCGAGACGGACAUCCUUUCGCUUCGUCGUUGUCAACCCAUCCGACGUUAACAGUUCCCGAAGUUUCAUAACUACUAACCACACUUUUAUCAAGGAACUGCCAAGCUACCGUUUUAGAACGGACUUGAGUCUUUCCAAACUUCAGGAGGGGAAGUUUCUUGUGAACGACACUCUCAAAAUUGAAGUCUACAUAGGUUCUAUCUAUGUUCAUGGUGGACUAGAUCCACAUGUCUUACCCGAAAAGAAGAAGGAGACCGUGUGUGUCAAUGGCUUCCAAGUUCUUGAUUCGCAAGUAAAGUCCGCAAAGUGGAUUUUUGAGAGUUUCCCGGAAACUGCAUUGUAUAUUCGGCCACAAGAUCCACAGCUUAAGACAGCAUACAUGAACAUUCUCCUCAGAAUCUACGAGAUACUUUAUCACAGUCCUCUUGAGAAGCUCACGGAAAGUGAGCUAAGUAAUGUUUCCAAGGGUUUGCUUGAUCUGACACAAGCUGGUUUUAAGCUGGAAUGGUUGAGGGAAAAGCUUCAGAAGGUUUCCGUGGAGAGGAAGAAACUCUCUUGUUAUGAAGCUCAAGCUCAGGAACUUGAGAAACAGUUGAAGAAUCUUGAGCUGAUGAUGUGUAAUCUCAAAGCUGAGAUCAAGUUGAAAGCCGAGAGCUAA